CCACGUAUCCAUGCUGCAACUGCUCCUCUGGUCAUAUUGUUCAACUUCUUUUAGAUGAAACCUUAAAAGAACCCUUCGGAAAAAAUCUCCGGCAACAAAAAUACCUAGUGUCGAGCGGCGAAGAUAGGCGUGGUUGAUUUGAUCACAAGAGUUGAUUCCAUCUGUAAGAAGUACGAGAAGUAUGAUAUCGAUAAACAGAGAGAAACUAAUGUCUCCGGUGACGAUGCUUUCUCCCGCCUUUACUCCACCUUCGAAUCUGCACUCGAAACUGUUCUUCAGAAAACAGAGGAUUUGUCGUCUGAGACGAAUAAAGCGAAAGCUGUGGCGAUGAACGCAGAGAUACGAAGAACGAAAGCUCGACUGCUUGAAGGAGUUCCAAAACUUCAGAGGCUUGCUCUCAAAAAGGUCAAAGGGGUUUCAAAGGAAGAGCUUGAUGCGAGAAAUGAUUUGGUUUUGUUAUUGAGAGAUAAGAUUGAGGCCAUACCAGAAACCUCUGCUCCUGUUAUAGGUAGUUGGCCAGCUUCAACAUCACAUUCGAACAUCAGAUUCGAUACUAAUGUUUCAGAUCACAGAAUUGGUAGUGAAUAUUUCGAGCCAACCGAAGAGUCUGAUCAGUUUAAACAAGAAUAUGAGAUGAGAAGAAUAAAGCAGGAUCAAGGAUUGGAUUAUAUAGCUGAAGGAUUGGAUACACUCAAGAAUAUGGCUCAGGACAUCAAUGAGGAACUGGAUAGACAAGAACCACUCAUGGAUGAAAUAGAUACAAAGAUUGACAAGGCAGCUACUGACUUGAAAAGCACCAACGUGAGGCUCAAGGAUACAGUAACAAAGUUGAGAUCGAGCCGCAACUUCUGCAUAGACAUCAUCCUCUUAUGCAUACUCCUGGGAAUCGCUGCCUUCAUAUACAACUCAGUGAAGUGAAGGAUGGUGAUGCCUGAGACGCUAUUUAUGCACACACAUCAUAGAAGCAUGUUUUAAGCUAGAGUCAAUCAAAAGAGGGGGAGGUUUCACUUUUCGCACAAGGAGAAUGUUUUUGAGAUUAUUGUGUUUAAGUUGUCAAGUUGAUCAUAAUCUUGUACCUAAUUUCUUUGUUAUGAGGUUUGUCUAUACAUAAAGAAACCUGUUGCUCCGUGAAUAAUCCAAUAAAAAAGAGUUGGAAAAAGUUCGUCA